CUCUGAUGAAGAAGCAGGAGCAAUAGUGCUGUGAAGAUCUGCUUGUAAGACAACACUGACGAAAUUGUAUCCUUCCAAGACAAAUGGCUAGCACAUUCUGUCGUCUCCUGGCUGGCCAUGCAACUGCUGCAUCCUUUGCAGCAGCAGGCACAGGGAUCCUAACUGCUGGGUACCUCUUCAAUAAGCAAAAUGUUAAAGCUACUGUUCAAGAAAAACGAAAACUCUUCCCUCCAAGUGCAGACUAUCCUGAUCUCCGCAAACAUAACAACUGCAUGGCUGAAUGCCUCACACCAGCAAUUUAUGCCAGGCUAAGGGACAAGAUGACUCCCAAUGGCUACACCCUAGACCAGUGUAUCCAAACCGGGGUUGACAAUCCUGGCCAUCCUUUCAUUAAAACUGUGGGUAUGGUUGCAGGUGAUGAAGAAUCCUAUGAGGUAUUUGCUGAGAUUUUUGACCCUGUCAUUAAAGUGAGACAUAAUGGCUAUGAUCCAUGCACAAUGAAGCAUCACACAGACCUGGAUGCAUCCAAGAUCACCCAUGGUCAAUUUGAUGAGAGAUAUGUCCUCUCAUCACGAGUACGUACUGGUCGUAGCAUUCGGGGUCUCAGCCUUCCUCCAGCUUGUACCAGGGCAGAGAGAAGAGAAGUGGAAAAUGUUGUAGUCACUGCUCUAGCUGGGCUGAAAGGAGACCUUUCUGGAAAGUACUAUAGCUUGACAAAUAUGUCUGAGAAGGAUCAGCAGCAGCUUAUUGAUGACCAUUUUCUCUUUGAUAAGCCAGUGUCUCCUUUGCUAACAUGUGCUGGGAUGGCACGUGACUGGCCAGAUGCCAGAGGAAUCUGGCAUAACAAUGACAAGACAUUUCUUGUCUGGAUUAAUGAAGAGGACCACACCAGGGUGAUCUCCAUGGAAAAGGGUGGCAACAUGAAGCGGGUGUUUGAAAGAUUUUGUCACGGUUUAAAAGAGGUUGAAAGACUAAUUAAAGAACGAGGCUGGGAGUUCAUGUGGAAUGAACGUCUUGGAUAUGUUCUGACUUGUCCUUCGAACCUAGGAACUGGUUUACGUGCUGGAGUCCAUGUAAAGCUGCCAAAGCUUAGCAAGGAUCCCAGGUUUCCAAAAAUCCUGGAUAACUUGAGGCUACAGAAGCGUGGCACUGGUGGAGUGGACACAGCAGCUGUAGCAGACGUGUAUGAUAUCUCCAACCUGGACCGCAUGGGUCGAUCAGAGGUAGAACUAGUUCAGAUUGUCAUUGAUGGAGUCAACUAUCUAGUUGACUGUGAGAAGAAACUGGAAAGAGGUCAAGACAUUAAAGUACCACCACCAUUACCUCAGUUUGGCAGGAAGUGAUCUUGUGGCUGAUGUCUGUUAAUGAUAAAAAAUAUGGCUGCCAUUUUGACAGAAAGGCACCUCUGUAUAUCUCUAUUUAAAUACCUUGUUUAAUAAAACACUGCCUGAUACCC